ACAGCAGCGACCGAUUCUGCUCCUGGAUUUUCCCCUAUAGACUCGGAACCUUUUUUCAAUAUUUUUUUCUCAUUUUCUCUGAUUAUCCAAAACGCUGCAAAAAUUAAUUUGCAGAAGAAAAAAAAAAAAACAAUCACCACUACCAUUGCUUUUCUUAUUCAUUCACUUUCUUCCGUUACUUUUUUAAGAACUCUUCUUUAAUGAUAACAAAACUUGUAGUUUACGCAAACACAUGGCCUGCAUGAAGCUCGGAUCAAAAUCUGAAGUGUUUCACCUUGAUGGGCAUACCUGUGGGUGCAAAUGCUUUUGAGAGACUGUCACUCAUGGAGAUGGUUGAUGUUUGGCUUUGCUCAACUGGGCUUCCGAGUGAUGUCAUCAUUGAAGUUGGAGAGAUGUCCUUCCAUCUUCACAAGUUUCCACUGCUUUCAAGAAGUAAAGUGCUAGAAGAUCUUAUUGGAGAAAAUUGUGGUGAGGAUGGGAAAAAGUGCAUAAUGAAACUUGAUGAUAUCCCAGGUGGAGCUAAAACUUUCUUGCUUGUAGCCAAAUUCUGCUAUGGAGUAAAAAUAGAACUCUCUGCAAUGAACAUAGUCAGUCUUAGAUGUGCAGCUGAGUAUCUUCAGAUGAGCGAAGACUAUGGAGAGGGAAAUCUUAUCACACAAACAGAAAAUUUUCUUAAUGAAAUUUUCGGCAACUGGAGAGACUCGCUUAAGGCUCUUGAGACCUGUGAAGAGGUAUUGCCAAAUGCAGAAGAGCUUCAUAUUGUUUCAAGAUGCAUCAAUUCCCUUGCAAUGAAAGCUUGUGCAGAUCCGAGUUUAUUCAGUUGGCCUAUAACAGGAUGCAAAAAUGUGCAAAGCCCAGAAGCUACUGUAUUUUGGAAUGGAAUACGUACUUCUGCGAAGCCACAUCCUAUUGGUGAGGAUUGGUGGUACGAGGAUGUUUCAUUCCUUAGAUUACCUUUGUACAAAAGGUUAAUUCAGGCAGUUAGUUCAAACGGUAUGAAGCCAGAGAGGAUUGUUGGGGCAUUAAUGUAUUAUGCAAGGAGGAAUCUUCCUUUGUCGGGCAGGCAAUCAGGAGUGGAGAAUGGUAAUGAUGCUGCACCUGGAUCAACUAUUUCUACAGUAGUUGAUGCUACUCAAAGGAAUCUCCUUGAAGAAUUAGUGGAAUUAUUACCUGAUCAAAAGGGUGUUACACCUAGUAAGUUCCUGCUUAGGCUUCUACGAACAUCAAUGAUAUUGCAUGCUAGUCCAUCAUGUCGAGAAAACUUGGAGAAAAGGAUUGGAGUGCAGUUGGAUCAAGCAGCUCUUGAAGAUAUUAUGAUACCAAAUAUGGGAUACUCAGUUGAAACUCUAUAUGACAUUGACUGUGUUCAGCGGAUUCUUGAUCAUUUCUUGCUGGUGGAUCAUGAUGAUCCUACAUCUAAUUUUAUGGUCGACGAGGGGCAAGUAAUGGGAGGUUCCCAUCCACUAACUCCAAUUACAAUGGUGGCAAAUUUGAUUGAUAAUUAUUUGGCAGAGGUUGCACCUGAUGUUAAUCUGAAGUUGGCAAAAUUUCAGUCUCUUGCUGCUGUUAUCCCUGACUAUGCAAGGCCAUUAGAUGAUGGAAUAUACCGUGCAAUUGAUAUAUACCUCAAGGCUCAUCCAUGGCUAACAGAUUCAGAAAGAGAACAACUAUGCAGACUCAUGAACUGCCAGAAGCUAUCAUUGGAAGCUAGCACGCAUGCUGCUCAAAAUGAGAGGCUACCACUUCGAGUGAUCGUCCAAGUUUUAUUCUUCGAACAACUGCGACUCAGAACCUCUAUUGCUGGUUGGUUCUUUGUUUCUGAUAAUCUUGACAGUUCACAAAAUCCAAGUGGCAAUCUUGCCAAUCUUGCUCUGACUAGAAAUGAUAUGCAUACUCAAGCUGGAAGCACACAAGACCGCAUUAUCGCAGUUGAUGAAAUGAAGGAGAGAGUUUCUGAACUUGAGAAAGAGUGCUUGAACAUGAAAGAGGAGAUUGAUAAGAUAGUGAAGACAAAAGGAAGUUGGAAUAUUUUGUUCAAAAGAUUUGGCUUUAGUAGAUCAAAGCCAAAAUCUAGUGCAUCCAAACCCACUGACUCUAAAGAAUCACCAAAAUCCUCUACACCACUCCUGAAUGGAAAAGAAAAUCACAGUGGUAAAUUAGCAGACUGAACAUCACACUCUCAGAAGCAUAAAAAAAUACAAAAAGAAAAUCUUUUCGUUUCUUUAUUUCACUUCUAACUUAUGAAAGCUAACUAGUUGUUACUUGUUCGUGGUUGGUUAAGCCAAUUUUGUAAUUAUAUUUAUCAUUAGAUUUUAAGACA